UUCAAACUUGAACCUUAGCUGGGAACAAGACUGACAGUUCCUUUUUCUUGCUUCAGGAAAGACCUAGUUAUUUUAAUUUUGUAAAAUAAAUGUUUUUAUGCGUCUUGGUUUGAAUUUUUGCAACAUUUUUCGUUGCAGACGACACCGACAAGACUUGUCGGACAAGUGCCGGAAGGUUAUGUUGUUUUGAUUGAUCCCUAUUUAUUGUGGAAAUGUCUCUGUUAUCAUUUCCUAAGAUGCCCCUGAAGGGUUUCAAACCAGUUAGGGUGCAGUUAGUUUUCAACCAUGUCGCAAGAUUGGCGUCGUCAAAAUCGUAUGAUCCUAAAAGCCAUGAUGAAAGUGAAUUUAGACAACUGGAAAUCAGACCUGUACGUCGUGAUCGAAAAACAUCGAGCAAGGCUCGUAUGAUGAUGCCAAGAGACUACAAGAGGACCAAUAACAUAGACCCAGACAAAGCCGACUGGAAGAGCAUCUGGCCUGGUCCUCGCUCCUUUGAUCCCAACUCUAUACCUAUUCCUGUCAGGCAGGGCCGAUUAAAACCAUAUCGAAGAGCUUUCGACAAAUAUGCAAACAUGGAACUUAUGAAAAUUCCAUCGUUCUUCCAUAUCCCACCAACCACUAUCAAAGCUCAAUGUGAGGCUAUAAAGUCAUUUUGCACACCUUUUCCCAAUCAGUUAAACAGCAAAGAGAAGUGUGAAGAACACUUCCCAUUAACAGUGAUCACCAAUGACUACUUACAUUCAGCACCUACUAUCAGGGACCCUUUGGCCAGAAUUGUGACCAUUAAGUUGAAGCUGAAAAACAUUCCUCUUGAUGAACAUGCUAGAGACAAAUUUAUGCGCCUCGUCAGAGACCGAUAUGAUGAUAAAACUGACACAUUAACUAUUGUUACUGAUCGAUGUCCGUUACGGAAACAGAAUUAUGAUUAUGCUCAAUACCUUCUCACAGCAUGUUUCUUUGAGUCUUGGACAGUGGAAGAUUGGGAGUCAGAGAAGACUGAAGCUGACAUGGAGAAAUAUAUUUGGGAAAAUAAUAUUUCAGCCAAAGCAUUGGCUUCCAUUGUGAAAUGGUCUCCUGACAAAUUGGGCAAAUCCAUAUUUCAUGAUACUUUGCCAGCUGACGAGCUCAAACCUGAACACCUAGUGCUUGGGGCUGCUGUCAAGAAAGUAAUUGAAGGUGAAACAGAAGAGGGUAUAGAAGAAUACAAGAAAGCAGCUAUGGAGGUCCUCCUUUCAAAGAAAGCUGUGGGCUUAAAGGCGUAAAAAUUGUUAUGUUCAUGUGUUGUUGAUUCAGUAAAUUUUUUCUCAAGUCAA